UAGUUAUAGCAAUUUAAGCAGCGUAAAAUAGGAUUUAUUUGGGACUUGAUUGCUCUGUUCGCUGCUGCAAGUUACUUUCAAAGGAGCGUUUUCAAGCAUGUAUCUAAGCCCCACCAGGCAGGUUAUUUAUACGCAAAUGAAGAGCAGUUAUAGCGUAAGCACACCGCAUGUUUAUCAUGAGAUAAAAGGUAAUGCGGCUGUGGAUGAUGCGAACCAUCACUUGGAUGAACUGCACCGAAUCGAGCAGUUGCCAUAUUUUCACCAACUUAAUCGGGUUGAGGCUGAGGACAUAUUGGUACGCUACGCCAAACAACCGGGUGUAUUUUUGUUACGGUGGAGCAGCAUGACGAAUAAGAUUGCUGUGACAACAGUGGUUUGCAAGGGGCGGAUCGCUCACACUGUGAUAUUUGCUAAACGUGGAACCUAUUACAUGGAAAACGACAUUCGGUUCAGCAGCAUUGAAGCGCUUAUUACUUACUACAGCUGCUUCGGUAUACCUGCAUUUUCAAAGUACAAUUCCAACGCACGUCUCACAACACCGAUAAUCAGAUUUUGCGGUUCGACACUGCCUGCUGUGCGUGAUAGCUGUUUAUCACAGAACAUUCACAAUCCAACCCCGAUGUCUGGCUGUGGAAAUCAUUACACCCCAUACGACAUUAAAUACAGCUUUCAUCUCAACCAGAAUAUCGAAUCGAACUCCACCGACAUAGACACGACUCAUCCGAAACUGGCGCGGAUUCUGUCCUAAAUCUGCAUCGUAUUUCUCUGAAACUAAAUAUUUGUCACAGCAGAUUUUAGAAUACAUCGUGAUUUCGUAUAAAUCAUGUUUUUUGUUCUAUCGACAUUUUCGGCACAUAAUGUAUUUAAAAAUUGGUCAAUUACGACAUAUGGUAAGGUGAGGGAA